AUGAGUAUUGAGGGAGUGAGUAUAUAAGACUCACUAUGCCCGCCCCAAUAUUCCGCUCCGCCUCUUCUUGUUUUCAUCAUCAUAUCAAAUCUUUCAAUCACAUCCAGCUUCAAAUCAGGGUUUUUCUUACGUAUUGAUACGCGCGCGCGUAUACACACGCUCCAUCGGAUAUGGCCGUCGCCAAGGGAAAGCUUGGUGCUGUGUUAUUCCGGCCAAGGAAAAAGCUGCGUGGAGGUCAAGCUGUUCACAAGCGGCGGCGGAGAAUUGACAGCCGCGGCGGCGGGGGCGGAGAUCUCUGCCGAAAAACCGCACCACCGACGGCCAAAUCUCCCAAGUCGUCAUCAAACAAUCACAACUGUCCAAUAAUAAGAUCGGCAACAGAUGAUGAUCAUGUGAUCAAUAAGAUCGACAAUAAGCAUCACACGACGCGUCUCGUUCGGGAAACAGCCGCGCCGGCGGCCGUUGAAAUCCCACUUUCCCGCCCCAUGGCCCUACGCGCCGAGAUGAUGAAGGUGCGGUACGCGGAGACAAUCGCCAAGGCAAGCAAGAAGAAACUGGGCGACCCGAAUUGGAAGGCGGAGGAGGAGGAGGCAGUGAGGCUGCGGCGGCGGCGGCAGCAGAUAGAAAGAGAAAGGGCGGCGGCGAGGAUCGCGGUGGACAAGAUCCAGAAGACCGUUGAGUUCAAUGAUGCUCAUUCCCUAAUGAUGGACUUCCACAGUUUGCUUUGUUCUCGUUAAUUAGGUCAAACAAAUCCGUUUGAUUUGUUAAUUAGGGCACAUUAAUUACUUUCUUGAAAUUCAUUCGCUCAUUCUUGUACACAUGGAUCUGCGCUUUGUAAUUAAACAACUUAAUACAACUCAGUUUUGAAUUCAAAAUGUUCCGUUCCGAUUUCUUCGGGACGACACAGCUGGUUUAUUUC